GCAUGUUUGAACGACGAUCCAAACCUAUUGGUGAACCAAGAAUUGUAGUUAAUAAAGCGAAAAAUAUAAAUUGCAUUGUAUUUGUAUUUGUAUGUGUAUGUGUAUGUGUGAAUGAUAUAGAACAGAAGUAAAAGUAUUGACAAUCCAGGGAUCCACCACCUCUAUUUAUACCUCACAAGAACACCUCCUCAUCGCAUGGCCAGAGCAUAGCUUACGAAGUGGAAUCACCCAUGUCAUGACCCAUUUGCCUAUCCAUCCGAGUAAGGCUAGGAUACAUACUCGGAUUAAAUUCCAAAAAUACAAAAGUUCCUCCUCCGAAAACGCAUCUUACUAUAUUUACACCGAGGCAGACCCUGAAACGGUCGCUUCGGAUUAUCUUAACUAUGAGUUUUAUUAACG